GUUUCAUUAAAAUCCAUUCAGUAGUUUUUGCGUGAAAGAGUAACAAACAUCCAUACAUCCAUACAUACAAACUUUCGCGUUUAUAAUAUUAGUAGGAUUACUUCCCUGCACCCUUCUCUUCACCACUGUAGUAGGAAUCGGUGACAAAAAGUUUGUCAGUAAAAAAACAGCUUUGUUGUCCAUCCAUUUUAUAAAUGAAAUGCCGUGUGAAUGGUCGUAAAUAUAUCUCCUCUUUGCAUAGUUUUAUCAGCCGGUACAUUUUUGGGUAUAUUCUUUCUGUUAUAACGAAUUGUUCCACAACCUCUAAUAUUUCUUUUUGUCAACUCAUACUGCAGGUUGGGAGAAUUAAAAAAAAUAUCAAAAUAAAUUUCGCAGCCUAAGCCUUGUAAACUGUUUGUAAGUUGUAAAAUCACUGACUCUCCUAGUCCAGUUUCAGCACCACCUUAUUUUCGUCCAGUAUACAAAUCAAAUUCAAACAAAUAACCAGUCUUUGAAUCGGCUCUACACCACAUCUUGAACCCCCACUUGACUAGUUUAUUUUUGACAUACUGUCUCAUUUUAUUGUGCCCUUUGAACUUGAUCAUAAAUAUGUUCGUCUAUUGACUGCGUUUUUGUAUUAGACAUAGCGUUUUGGAAACUCUCGUUGAAAUGAUUCAUAAUUCUUAUUUUACAUGCCCUAUCGUAAGUAGGUUGCAUUCGAGGUGGUUCCUUAUUAUUGUCGCUAAAAUGUAAGUUUCUUCUUAUUUCUUCAAAUCGGUUCAAUGGAACGCCCAUGUCAGGGUCUGAGGAUCAAUAGCUACGAAAUGUAGGCAAGACAUGAUAUCCCAUUACGUAAUUCUCCCCCAAAAAAGCUUUUGCCUCUGCACUGGUGAAAGAGAAAGGCCUUCCAUUUUGCAUGGCGUAUCGUUCCAAUUCUGGCAGAAUAAUGUCGUCAAUCAAUCGAUCAAAAAAAAAAGUAAUACUUAUAGUAAUUAGUGUGAAUUUAUUGGAAUGAUUUGCCACUAAAGGCUGUAAAUAAACGUUAAUGGCAGUUAUGCAAAGCCUACUUAGGUUUUCAGGAUUUUUGAGCAUCAACGAAGAGUUAAACUUGCUGUUUUGACCUGUUUUUAUUGGCUGUGACCGUCUGUUUCGUUGUAAGAACUCCAGGCUGACAUCAAAGUGACGAGUGUUUUCUUCUUGAAUUGUUGGUAUUUUUAAAAUCACUCUUGAGGGAUUGAAAGGAAAUAUUCCAGAUUCUUCAAAUCCUUUACAAAUGUUGGUCUCUCGUGUCAUAUCUAUUUUAGUCAUUAGCUCCUGCAGUAGUUGUGGGAAAUGACAUUUAUUAAUUGUGCUUGCAGUGCUGUAUGUAGCUUUAUAAUUUGUUAAAAUUUCACGCCAUAUUCAAUGUUUAUGUGAGCUCACAUGGUGGAGACGCAUUAACUUUCCGCGUGUCGCGGCAGGCUCAGCGCGAGGCUGCUCUAGUGGAUACGCGCCUAUUCAACAACAUUUUUUGGAGAAAGGUCACACUCAGAUGGAAUGUGAUGCGGUCCAUAGUACAAUCGAGCAAAAAUUAAAAAAAACAGGAGAUCUUUUUACCAAGUCAAUUUGCAACGUUGUCAAAACAAGCUCGAACGCAAAACCCUUAUUAUUUGGUUGAAUACUUAGACUACAGUUUUUUUUGAUGACUUCUCAGACAAGAAUUCGUUCAUGUAUGACUCCAUACGGCCUGGUCGCUCCGUCAAUGAUCCUAUUGUAACGGAUAUAUGUACAAGCUCUGCAGUAUAACCCAAGUGGGGUCAUCAAAUAUAAACUGAACUUUAAGGAAGAUUAUCUAGAUCUGCCACGCACAAUUCGACGCAGAGUAGUAAUGCCCGAAACUUCACCCCCUAGACCAAAACUCUGCCAAAGUCGCAUCAAAAUAUCGGUAACUGAAUGGAAACGUUUACAGGAGUUAAAGACUUAUUCCUUCUGACUGUCACGCGUACUAUGAUUCCUUACUUUAUUGAUCUCUUAAAAGUCUGAUUAUAGUUUAGAAGUUGAUUUAUUUUAAGCAAAACCAUUUUUUAUAAUACAGAAUAUUUUCUUUUCUUUUUACAAAAUAAACUUUUAACAUUAUUUUGUUGAACAAUUUUAUGGCAGCGCCGGAACUUGAGAUGACUCCUCGUAAAAAGAAGUUAAUUAGCAAAUUGGAAAAGAAGACAAUAUUAAGUGAUAAUAGAAGGAAGAAAUUAGCAGCUUUAAGAUCUAAGACAUGGCGUUUGCAAAAGAAAACUGCUGAACAAUCUACUAUAAUUGAGAAAUUAAAGACUGAUUCAUUAAUCAACCAGGGCCCCGAUUCUCCUAAGUUAAUAAUGUCAAAAUCGAAUAGAAAUCGAAUCGCAAUAUAAUCGCAAUAGCCGUUUUGACCAUAUCGGGCAUUCUGCUACUAAUAAAAGACCAUUAUCCAGUAUUCGAUUGACAUUUGAUUGGUGUGCGAUUGGUCUGCCAUUGGUCUAAAAGUGUCUAAAGGGUAGUCUGCUCUAUAAUCGUAAAUCAAUUGUGGUCGUUAGCGGUAUUCUACUCUUGUUUGACAUUUAGACCAAUCGACUUGAAAUGUCAAUUUUUGCUUUGCUAUUGGAGUACGAUUGAGUACGAUCGAAACAUUGCUUUUAAGUUUUUACUUUUACUUUAUUUUAAAUUAAACAAAAUGCGACCAUCAUUGCCGAGAUUACGCUGGCGUAUUUUAGCUUUGGCUAAUGCGCAAGAUCGACGGCGAUUUUUAAAUCGGCGCCGCAAAUAUCGGGCAUUCGCGCGAGCCACGGUGAAUGCCAUGUCGGAUAUCCCAGGUGCGGAAUUUAUCAGAACAUUUCGCCUGGAUAAAUCCGAAGUGAGAGCCCUAACGGUGCUGCUCACUCCGAUAUUAAGGACACAGCGGAGAAAAGACGGAAUUUCCCCUAAUUUAAAGAUACUGACUGCUCUGUCGUUUUAUGCGACAGGCUCGUAUCAGACCCUUGUUGGCCAAAAUGGGUUGUUGAAUGUGGUUCAGACCACUGUUUCAAGGGCUGUGAGAGAAGUGACUGAGGCACUCAACGACCCACAUAUAUUUAGGAAUAAUGUGGUCUGGCCGCUGCAAAUUCAAGAUCGAAACAGAAUAAAGGCACAGUUCUUAAAGUUUGGGAUUCCUGGAGUGUUUUGCUGUAUAGAUGGCACUCAUAUAGCUAUCCUGAGACCUGCCAUCCACGAAGAGCGGUACUUUAAUCGGAAGGGGUACCAUUCACUAAAUGUUAUGAUUAUUUGUGAUGCUGAUUUAAAUAUUAUGUGUGUGGAUGCGAGCAGCCCUGGGUCAGCCCAUGACUCUAGCGUGUGGCAGAGUCAUCCCAUAUGUAAUAAAAUGAAAGAGUUAUCUAAUGCUGGGGAGCAGAUGUUUUUAUUGGGUGAUAGUGGAUAUCCACUACGGGUUAAUAUGAUGACCCCAAUAUUAAACACUGUGGAGGGCACUCCUGAACAUAAUUACUAUAAGUUACACGUAACGGCACGCAACACCGUAGAGCGCUGUAUUGGAGUACUGAAAGCUCGAUUCAGGUGCCUAAAAGCUGAGCGAGCCCUCCACUACGAUCCAAUAACUGCUGGGAAAAUAAUAAACGCUUGCUGCGUCUUGCACAAUAUUGCUAACAAAAGACGACUGCCAAUAGCACUACUUACACCUGCAGAACAAGACUUUGUGCAGAGCAGACAGCCAAUUCAAAUAGAAAUUGGUGCAGAAGACUCCAGUCGGCAGUUCAACCCUGAUCUUCAACGGGGACGACAACUGCAACGGGCGCUUAUUGAGAAGUUGUGGAGGGAACGAAAUUCUUGAUUUUUUUUUAUAUUUACAUUUUUUUUUUUCAUAUUAUAGCUAAGUUUACACAG